GGCUGGGGUCGGGCGGGGGUCGGGCCAGGGCCGGCGGCUGGGACGAGCCCAGGGCGACGACCCCAAGAGAAGGGCGCGCGCGGGGCAGGCCCAGCGGCGCGCGGCGGCCCGGGACGUACGCGGGGGCGUCCGCAGAGCCCGGGCCCGCGGGGCUGCGGCGGGGCGGCGCCCGGCCCGCGAUGAGUUCGCCGCCGCCCGCCCGCAAGGGCUUUUACCGCCAGGAGGUGACCAAGACGGCCUGGGAGGUGCGCGCCGUGUACCAGGACCUGCAGCCCGUGGGCUCGGGGGCCUACGGCGCCGUGUGCUCGGCCGUGGACAGCCGCACCGGCACCAAGGUGGCCAUCAAGAAGCUGUACCGACCCUUCCAGUCAGAGCUCUUCGCCAAGCGCGCCUACCGAGAGCUGCGCCUCCUUAAGCACAUGCACCACGAGAACGUGAUUGGGCUGCUGGAUGUGUUCACUCCUGAUGAGACCCUGGAUGACUUCACAGACUUCUAUCUGGUGAUGCCGUUCAUGGGCACUGACCUGGGCAAGCUCAUGAAGCAUGAGACACUGAGUGAGGACCGAGUCCAGUUCCUGGUGUAUCAGAUGCUGAAGGGGCUGCGGUACAUCCAUGCUGCUGGCAUCAUCCACAGGGACCUGAAGCCUGGCAACCUGGCUGUGAACGAGGACUGUGAACUGAAGAUCCUGGAUUUUGGCCUGGCCAGGCAGGCAGACAGCGAGAUGACAGGAUAUGUGGUGACCCGGUGGUACCGGGCACCUGAGGUCAUCUUGAAUUGGAUGCGCUACACACAGACGGUGGACAUCUGGUCGGUGGGCUGCAUCAUGGCGGAGAUGAUCACAGGGAAGAUACUGUUCAAGGGCAAUGACCACCUGGACCAGCUGAGGGAGAUCAUGAAGGUGACAGGCACACCUCCCGCUGAGUUUGUGCAGAAGCUGCAGAGUGCUGAGGCUAAGAACUACAUGAAGGGUCUCCCUGAACUGGAGAAGAAGGAUUUUGCCUCUGUCCUGACCCACGCAAGCCCUCUGGCCGUGAACCUUCUGGAGAAGAUGCUGGUGCUGGAUGCAGAGCAGCGGGUGACGGCAGCUGAGGCACUGGCCCACCCAUACUUUGAAUCCUUGCAUGACACAGAGGAUGAGCCCAAGGCCCAGAAGUACGACGAUUCCUUCGAUGAUGUGGACCGCACCCUGGAUGAGUGGAAGCGUGUCACUUAUAAAGAAGUUCUCAGCUUCAAGCCUCCCAGGCAGCUAGGGGCCAAGGUUCCCAAGGAGACGGCCCUGUGAAGACCUCUGGGAGGCACAGGGACACCCUAAGAACUCUGGCUGGGAGCUUCAGGCUUAGCUCCCUCCCCUGGGAGGGAUCCUGAUUGUCACUUGCUUGGGGCUUGCCUCCUAGGGCCGCUGCUUGGAGAGGCUGAGUGGACCCCUCCAUGAGUGGACUCCUUCCUUCCCCAAGCCUCUUCCUGUGCUCUUAGGUGCUCCCAGCUGACCUUGAGCAUCUCAGCUUUCUGCACAGGACCCCUACCUAGCCUGCUGGCCUUGGACACCUGGCGGGGCAGUGGUCCCUUCCAACAGGGUGCAGCAAAAAGCUCAGAGCUGUUUGUGGCUUAGGGUCAAGUGCUGGCCUCUGAGCCCUGCCUGCUCUGAACUGUGCCAAGGUCAGCUCUCAAGAAAAGGAGAGGGAGGGAGGGCAGUGGGCGUU